CAUCAAGGAUGCAAGACCGUAGCAGCAGUGCAACAACCUGUCCCAGUAGAGAGGAAUACCUUCUAGUAGCCAGGAAGGAUGGCCAUGGAGAGAGCUUGGAGGCCAAGGGAAAUCGCCGAUGCUUUCUGCAUUGAGAUGGAUGAGGAGGAGGCUGUGGUGGCAAUACCGCCGCCACAGACGCCAUUGGAGCCCAUGGAGUACCUGUCGAGGUCAUGGAGCGUGUCUGCGUCAGAGAUAUCCAAGAUUCUGUUCAACGGAGGCAAGAAGAGUUUUGCUGCAGCAAAGCGUCUGCCGGAGAUGGCCAUACCGGAGAACUCCGUGGUUGCUGCCUCCAUUGUUCCAACCCAUCUGCAACAUAUAGACACAAGAAGGAAUUCCAUCAGCAGCCACCACCAUCAGUCAAUUGGCAAGUGGUUCCUCCAGCACAGGGAGGCAGGUCGGGUCAAGCAGAGCAGCAAGGAGAAGCUGCGUGCAGAGAAGGCGCAUGUACACGCCAUGGUUUCAGUGGCACGGGUUGCUGCUGCAGUUGCUGCGGUUACUGCGGCAACCACAAGUUCAGAUGCCCAGACCUCCAAGAUGGCCGCGGCCAUGGCGUCGGCCACCGAGCUGCUGACUUCACACUGCGUCGAGAUAGCGCAGCAGGAAGGGGCGCGCCAUGAGCAGGUGGCCUGUGCCAUCCAGUCUGCCGUUGGUGUUAGAAGUUCUGGCGAUCUGAUGACGCUCACAGCAGCAGCAGCUACUGCUCUUCGAGGCGCUGCAACGAUGAAGCAGAGGGUGCAGCGAGAGAUGAGAAGCAAUGCAAGUGUUCUUCCUUACGAGAAGAGCCAUUCAUGGAGUCCUGACAUCUGGUGCAAGGAGGGGGAGUUACUAAAACGCACAAGAAAAGGAGAUUUACACAAGACACGAGUCUCUAUAUACAUCAACAAGAGGUCACAGGUCAUAUUGAAGUUGAAGAGCAAACACAUAGGAGGAGCACUAUCAAAGAACAACAAGAGUGUGGUUUAUGGUGUGUACAAUGAGCUUCCCACCUGGGUUGAGCAAGCGAAACAUUUCACAGAGGAGACUUGCUGCUUUGGCCUGAGCACGGCACAGGGUCUGGUAGAGUUUGAGUGCGAGAAUAGCACGAGCAAACAGAAGUGGGUCGAUGAUGUGAAGAAUCUGCUUCGACAAGUAGCUGCAGAUGUGCAAGUUGAAAAUAAGCUGGGAUCAGUGAAGCUCAGUUAAUGUAGUUCAUACAAGUGUACACUAUUUUCAUGUUGGCAGGUAGUGCAUUAUAGAAGGUGCCAUUUGAUGCCAGGCGUAUAUAUUGAUGUACUCUUUAUGUUGUCAGGUAAUUUUGUACUGCAUCACACACAAAAUGGUGAAAUACAAAAUAGAUUAGUAUAUUUUAGUCUACUGUCUACUCUGGUCUGUUGUAAGACAUUCCAACAGCUUGCCUAAAUG